CGGCGCUGCCAUGAGAUGGCGGGAGCGCGCGGGCGACGUGACGUCAUCUGUUAGCGAAUGCUCGAACUCGGCAGCCAGUAUACAUGACCUUAAAGCUACAGGAAAGUUACUCCACAGGCGUUGUGCAUCAGUAGAUCGGGUAUUUUUUUAAGCAUCAACAGAUAAUUUUGAAUAGGUGGAGUGAAAAGUGAAUUUAAGCUAUGAAUACAAAGGAGAAGGAGAAGUACAUCGAGGAGUUUGAUUUCCCACACUGCGAUGAGUCUACCAAUUGUAGGUUAGAUUGCAAGUUUAUGCGAGAUUCUGACGUUAUGUUAUCUUUUUCACACCGUCCCAUCAUCUGGGUGAAACCAGGGAGGUCUUCAAAGCCAGAGAUAAAAAGACUAAUAAAAAAUUCGUGGCGAUGAAGAAAGUAUUGAUGGACAACGAGAAGGAAGGGUUUCCUAUAACUGCCCUCAGGGAAAUAAGGAUACUGCAGUUAUUAAAGCACGAGAAUGUAGUGAACCUUAUUGAAAUAUGCCGGACGAAAGCCACGCAAUAUAACAAAUAUAGGUCUACGUUCUAUCUAGUAUUCGAUUUUUGUGAACACGACUUAGCUGGAUUAUUGUCAAAUGUAAAUGUAAAGUUUAGCUUAGGCGAAAUUAAGAAAGUUAUGCAGCAAUUACUGAAUGGAUUGUAUUAUAUACAUAGCAAUAAGAUUUUACAUAGAGAUAUGAAGGCAGCUAACGUUCUUAUUACAAAGAAUGGAAUUCUAAAAUUGGCAGAUUUUGGUCUAGCACGAGCGUUUAGUGCUAACAAAAAUGGCCAAGCGAAUCGUUACACCAACAGAGUAGUAACGCUUUGGUACAGGCCACCCGAGCUACUGCUCGGUGAUCGAAAUUAUGGACCGCCUGUUGACUUGUGGGGUGCUGGAUGCAUAAUGGCUGAAAUGUGGACGAGAUCUCCAAUUAUGCAAGGCAACACUGAACAGCAACAGCUUACAUUAAUCUCCCAAUUGUGUGGGUCAAUCACGACAGAAGUGUGGCCCGGGGUGGAACACUUGGAAUUAUUUAACAAAAUGGAAUUACCUAAAGCACAGAAGAGAAAAGUGAAGGACAGACUGAAACCCUAUGUAAAGGACCCGUACGCUUGCGAUCUUUUGGAUAAACUGCUGAUCCUAGAUCCUAACAAGAGAUACGAUUCUGAUUCUGCUCUGAAUCACGAUUUUUUCUGGACUGACCCGAUGCCCUGCGACCUCAGCAAAAUGCUGGCACAGCAUACGCAGAGCAUGUUCGAGUACCUGGCACCACCGAGAAGACCUGGCCAUAUGCGCCAUCCUCACCAUCCCGUACCGGGAGGACCUGCAAAACCUAGUUCUAGCAUGGCCGACAGUGGAUAUCAGGAUCGAGUGUUUUAAUGUGAUUUUAUAAACAAACUGUGAUGACCACUCAAUGUUCCGAAGAUAAUCGUUACAGCUGUCGAGAACUCAAAACUAAUCCACUGGGAUAUUGUAAUAAAACUAAUGUAACGUUUAAUGUUCAAUAAUAUCCAUAAGCUGUAAGUAUCAAUGAUACCAUUGAACAUCCGAUUUAUACGUUUAAGAUAAUAUGUAAAAUAAUUUGGUAUAUAUACAUUUUUAAAAGACA